CUGGAGACACGUGUUAUGAAUGAAGUUUCCUCUUUUAUUUUAAUGAUGUGGUCCGCGCAGCACUGUUCUUUAUUUUCGGUCCAUGCUCUGCUGGGUUUUAAGCACACAUGGCUCGGCAGGGCGUGAAAAAAUUGAUUUUGCUUGUGUGUUGCUUUGAGUUUGUUCUGUCGCAGGGUUCAAAGCAGAGCUCUACCUUAGAUCCUUUUUCCGUCUUCGGUGAUGAUUUUUCUCAUGGUGAAUCUGAUCAGUCGGAAGUCGCUACUCAAGACAGUGAAAUCAAGCUGAUGAAAUCAAAGGUGCCAGUUUACUGUAACAAUGAAACUAUAAAAGUGAUUUUGCCAGCAGGCUCUCUCAAUCAGGUGAAGAUCUUGGGUGCUUCAGUAAUUGAAUCUGUGCUUGAGGCCCCAGCAGACUGUGGAUACUCUCUGACUCAAGAGCACAGCAAUAAUGUUUUAGUCGUAGACUACACUGGCUGUCAUGUGAUCUUGAAGAAUGGCCGUUACAAUCUGAGGGUCCUCUAUACAGAUGAAGCCAGCCAGUUGGAUAUCGCUACAGUGUCUUGUGAUGCAAAACAGCGUUUCACGGUUUCCCUGAAGCAGCUGAGUGUGCCGUCAGAUGAGAUGCCAGUUUGUGGAAAACUCCCCCCAGCACAGCCGUCCCAGGAUUCGCCUCCCCUGCCCCCAGCAGACCCUCUGCUGCUCAACAGCAAACCGGGAGGCUGUAACAUCUCUGCUGAUCAGAGAGUUUUGUGUGGCGUAUCGGGUAUAACUAAAGAUGGGUGCCUGGAUAAAGGAUGCUGUUUUGAUGCAGAGAUCUCAGUUUGCUACUAUACCAUGGACGAAUGCACUGCUGAUAAAAACUUUGUCUUUGCUGUUCAUAACGAUUUUGCAAACAUCCCUCUGAACCCCAUGAGCCUGAUCGUUGCUGGAAAGCCUAGUUGCAAGCCUGUUAUCUCCAACAAAGACUUUGCCAUCUUCAAGUUUUCUGUCAAUGAGUGUGGAACUCAUUCUUUCGUCAUUGGUGAGACGAUAAUUUACCUGGCUGAGGUACAGACCAACAUUAGAGUUCGCAACCUGAAAUACGGCGUGAUCUCCAGGGAUAACCCAAUCAGACUGAUGGUUGAAUGUCGCUACCGGAGGGUUGCAGCCUCUCCAAUGUUUGGCGGACCUGUGCUUGCAAGUGCAGGAUACAUGGUUAUGAGUCCCAGUCUGCCUCCAUACCUGAUGUCUGAAGGACAGUUUGGAGUUCAGCUUUUAAUUUCUAUGGAUGAGACUUUUACUAAGUUUUAUCCACAGUGCCAUCAGCCCCUACAUGUUCUUUUGGGUAAGCCUGUGUAUCUAGAGUUGCGUCUGAAGUCUCCAAAACCUGCAGCGACUCUUAUAGUUCACUACUGUGUGGCCUAUCCACGCUCCGCUCAGAGUGCCCUGAUUCUGCUGUUUGAUGGAUGCCCUAAUCCUCUUGACCCUGGCAGCACCUCUAUCCUUUACAUGAAACAUCUUCCUCAGAAUCAACACCAGCGUCGCUUUGAGAUUAAAGCGUUUCAGUUCAUGGAUUUGUCUACCAGAAAAUACCUAAAUGAGGAGAUUUACUUCAUGUGCUCUACUGAAGUGUGUUUGCCCUCUGGGUCACCAUGCACAGAGACCUGCUUUGAUGGAAAGUCUCCCUGAACAAGGCCUUGGUGAGCCAUUGGCUGUGGGAAUAUGAAUCCUUGUGUUGGCGUCAUCUGGCUUUUGAAUAAAACCAAAAUGUUAUUUAUUUUC